AUGAUAUCCUUUACACCGGUGAUCUUUGCAGUCUUUGCAGUCUCUGCCGUGAUGGCUGGACCUGUUGCCAAGGCAGUCCACGAGAAAGCUUCCUCCAAUCUCGAAUGCAGCAUUGAUACCUUGUCCAACUGCAAGACCACCGCCGAAAUUGCCAAUGUUGUCGGUAUUACAGAAGACGAAGUUCGUCAGAAGCAAGGUGGCUGCCCCUGGGGUCUAUGCGAUCCGCUCUUUUGUCCACAGAACUGUAGGAACUAG